CUCAUCGACUCCAAGAAAGAACAAUCCUUCUCUCUCAUUCGACAUUGUCGUGUCAUGGCCAUCAUCAACUCUCUUCCCACCUUCCUCCUCAUCGUCCCACUCCUCCUCUCUCACGUAGAUGGCCGUUUUCUCAGCGCAGUGAGCGGCGACGCAGCGGAGUUCCUUGUUCCCCACAACGAGCUGCGGAAGAGCAUCGGGGUCCCUCCCCUGCAGUGGAGCACCCAGUUGGCCGACGUCGCGCUGCAGUACGCCAACCAGCGGAAGCGGGACUGCGCGCUGGUGCACUCCACCUUGUCCUACGGCGAGAACAUCUUCUGGGGGCAAGGCAAGAGCUGGACGAUCCGGGACGUCGUCGCCGCCUGGGCGGCCGAGCAGCGCUUCUACGAUUACAGAACCAACACCUGCUCCAGCAACGCCGACUGCUACCACUACACGCAGAUGGUGUGGAGGACGACGCAGCGCGUCGGCUGCGCAAGGAUCUUCUGCGACAGCGGCGACACCUACGGCGUCUGCGAGUACGAUCCCCACGGCAACAUCAUCGGCAGAAGGCCUUACUGAAUUAUGGCUUCAGCUCCCUUUCUAUCUUAGUGUGUUCGACGAUAUGACUCUCUUUCAUGUGUUGCUUGUGGUAGAAGAAGAAGUGAGAAACAGCUAUUGAGUUUUUUUUUUUUUUUGGUAAGUUGAAACAGCUAUUGAGUUGACUUUACUGUAUCCAAAAAUCAACAGCGUUGACUCCAAUUCCAAUUGGUCCCACAAGUGGUGGCUUCAGGUUGGUUUAGGUGGAAUUAUUGUCCCAAGAUCCACCCCAAGUCGACUCUUAAAUACUAUAAUGAGGAGGAUAUUUCACCUA